UUUAGACUUGGCGUUAAAGCGGGCGUGGUGAUGAUUCCCCUGCUGGGCGUUUCGUGGUUGUUUGGUUUCCUGGCACCAUUGCACAAAGUUUUCACUUACAUUUUUACCAUCCUCAACUCUACGCAGGGCUUCCUGAUUUUCGUGCUGCAUUGUGUGCGAAACACCCAGAUUCAAGAGCGAUUCAAACGAAAGCUGAACACUGUUUUUCCAUCGGUAUAUACUAAAAACUCCGCAAUGAAGGGCUCGCAAACUAAUCCAAGUGCUGUCGAAGAUAUAGGGGCGACCGAAUUGCAGUCUUGCGAUGAAUUUGAACUGAAAUAA